UCCCUUAUAAAUUCCAGACGAUGGUAAAAAAAAAAAAAAACAAACAAUGCAAUUCGAUGGAUGGAUGAUGAAAGAAUGUGUUUGUUUCCCAGUUUGGUGCGGGCCACAGGUGGCAGGCAGGGCCAGUUCUGUGAGGAUCCCGCGUCGUCCCCGCCCAUUGACGAGCGACGAACCAGAAGCGCGGCCCUGGACCUGCACCAGCACCUGCCGUUCUUUUUCUUUUUUCCUCCCCAUGGCAUUCGACGACGACGAGGACGCCUGCGAGUGUCCGGUGUGCUACGAGGGUCUGAGGGGCACGGAGAGGACCCUGAGCUGCGGACAUGAGUUCUGCCACGACUGCUUGGUCAAGAUGCUGGUCAGCAUCCACGCCGACUCGCACGCCCGGGACACCAUCGCCUGUCCGGUGUGCAGACACCUCACAUUCAUCAGGAAGAGUGACGAGGAGCCGCUCGUGGCGGCCGAGAGCAAGGAGGAGCUCCAGGAAGACCACCGAGGAGGUGGCGCCGGGGGGCAGACCUUGGAGGUGCCCGUCGGGACGCCGCCCGCCCGCCUCGAGGACGCCGCCUCGGCCGCUCCUCUCUGCGGGCGGCUCCGGCGCUUCUUCCGCGGGGACUCCGACCCCGAGCGCCCGCGUCGCCAGCGGCUCAUCCGGACGAGUCCCGGCGGCACCACCGAGAUUUUCGUCAUCAGCACCCGGGGGAGACCCAUGAUGGAGGAGGACACGUUCAGCGUGCUGCUGACCGUGGUGAGGCCGCGGAGGAGGCGCAGGCGCCGGCUGUGCAGCACGGCUCGCUGCCUCCUGGUGCUGCUCUCCACCUUCACCCUGAUGGCGCUGGUGGCCGCCGUCUUGCCCUGGAUCCUGUUGGCCUGAUUCGAUCCCGCAGCUGGACAACCUGAGGUGGCAAAAGUAUACUUACCCUUUUUCUUGAAAAGAAGCACAGAUGCUUUCGUCCAAAAAAAAAAAAAAAAAAAAAGAC